AUGCAAAGCCGCGGCGAUGGAGACCUCUUCGGAGGUGUCAACUUGGGCGUGGAUCCCGUUCCCGAGCUCCAGGUCCCGGAGAGCUGGACAUGGACUUUACAGAUUCCGCCUGUAGCAGAGUUCGUGGGUCCCGUUGAGAUCAGGUGGAACGAGGGCUGUGAGCGCGGGCUUUUCGCCACCCGCCACAUCUUCCCAGGAGAGGUGCUACUGGUGUCCAGACCGUUGGCCGUUCACAGCGGCGUUUGGGCAUACUCCACAGCUGAGCUGGUGGAGCAGCUGUUAGACGCGUGUAGAAACUCUGCACGAACCCGCUGCCAGCUGCAAUGCCUGACAGACGGCUGGACAUCACGUGCUCCUCCUACCCUGGCGGUUGUUUCGCAAGCUCUGUGGCCGCAGCCGGACACCUUGCCGACGGAACCACUCGGGAGCUUCCUCACGAGGGAGGUGUUGGUGAACGUGGUGGACAGGAACUCCUUCCACGUGAACUCUAAGACGGCAAUCUACGGGCUGCCAUCCAUGAUCAAUCAUAGUUGUGGCAAUGUGAAUGCAAGUGCGAACAUUCUGGACCCCUUAGGGGACGCCAUCCUCUUCCGGGCGGAGACGGAGAUCAAUGCAGGCUCCGAGAUCUUCUUCCCCUAUUUUAAGGUGAGCGGCUCGCUCCAUCGUCGCCGCGAACGUUCGGAGGCGAUGGGAUUUUCCUGCCGCUGUGAGAGGUGUAGAUUUGAAGCUGAGAUUCUUCCAGGAACCAAAGCUGCGGCGGCAUCCAAAGAUGCGAUGGACGCCUUUGAUAGCAAGCUGCGGGACGAGAUGCAGGAGCUUCGCGAUGAGCCCAAAGAGGCCGGCCUGCAAUCUGCGAUGCUUUUACAGGAAAUCCUUAGCCACACGCGCCGAAUGGCCUCGGCUAUCGACUGCACCUGGCGAGAACGAGAAGUUGCCUGGUAUUUGCACCUGGCACUGCCUUUGUACUGGUGCGGCGUUUGGUGCACCCAGGAGCUGGAUCCAAGCUUGUGGAAGUGCACCCUGACCCUGGUGAAGGCCCGAUGCGAGCUGCUGCUUCAGAUGGUGCUUGCUUGGGAGUAUACCGACCGACACAGCUACGACCACCUGAAAUGCUGCUACAUGCUCUACCUGGCCUUCAUGGAGAUGACUCGCCUGCCUUUGUCGAGCAACCACUUCUGGGUUCCGCUGGUUCACCACGAGGUCCCGCUCUGGCGGUUGGAGGAGACCCCGGAGCCUGCCCAGCACACGACCAGCACCGAACUCUAUGCGUCUUCUAGGCGAUCUCGGAACUCGCCUGUCAGACUUCGGUGGUUGGGGCGGACUAGGGGAGGGUAG